CGUGGAGCCUGGAGGACUUUAACUCUGAGCGACGACAAAAUGAGAGCCCUGCAUUCGGUCCUGGCCGGCGCCUUCCUGACCCUGCUCUGCUGUCUGCCCAGCCCCGGCCAUGGAGAAUCAUACUUUGGGGACAGCGUCUGCAGUUUACAAGCCUUCCAAGACGUCUCCACCUUCCACCUGUCACUUCAGAUCAAGACAAGCCGGCGGAGCGGACUGCUGCUGCUGGCUGCAGGGAUGGAGGACUACCUGUUCCUUGAGCUCUACAACGGGAAAGUACAGGCACGAAUGAACAUGGGAGCUGGUGAGAUAACCCUGACCUCGUCACAAGGAGUACAGCUCAACAACCUUCUUUUCCACAAAGUAUCACUCACCCUGCAAGAUGGCAAGCUCACUAUGAUCAUCGACGAGCUCUUUCCAACGUAUGUCCCGGUAAACGACGACGGUGAGGAACUCAACAUCGAUCUGGGGCUUUGGAUUGGAGGAACAGCAGACCUGGAUACUCCCUAUCUCAGCACUGCCAUCCCCCCAUUCCGCGGCUGCAUAACUGAAGUCAAAUUCGAGUCCCAUCAGUUUGAUAUUCUGAGCUCAGCCUUUAAACAAUGCCAGCACACAAAGGAAUCCUGCAGCAGCGAGUUUGAGGCUGGAGACGGGGAGGCAACCAGUUUCAGCACACCAGAUUCUUUUGUUUCUUUCCCCACCUGGAGUGGAGCAAGCGGCGCUCCAAGAGCCUUGGAGUUUCUGAUGAAGACCACUAUCGAGGAUGCUUUACUUGUUUUCCACCCUGGCCGAGAUUCAGACUUCAUCGCUAUUGGAGUUGUGAAAGGCCACCUCAAAGGUAUUCUGGACCUCGGGAACGGUGUUGAGGUGCUGGAGAACACUCAGGUGCAGCUGGAUGACGAUCAGUGGCAUAGAGUCAAGGUUCAAGUGGCUGACGAUGCAUUUGUUCUCAAUAUAGACAGCCAGUCCGCCACCCUUCCUCUUGACUCCUCACAGACCCUGGAAUUGGUUGGGAAUCUGUAUUUAGGAGGCAUCCAGGCAAAAAUGAAGGAAGUGUUUAGAGAAAAUGGUCCAUUAAAUCGUUUUGAUGAGGAGGACAUGACAUCAGAGUCCUUCAUUGGUUGCUUAGGAGAAAUCAAAGUAAAUCAAAAAGACAGAAGUCUGCAGGAUGCUUUGGUGACCAAGGAUGUUCAUGUUAAAUGUGAGGGAGAGGAUUAUGACUACUCAAGUUAUUAUGAUUCUGAGACAACCACAACAUCCCCACCUGUCCGCAUCCUGUAUGGAGAUACGGACUUGAAUGAACAGCAAUGCAUCCCAACAGAUGACACACUAGAUAUAUUCAAAAACGUAACAAAACUUCUCGAUGUCAGCCCACUGCUCGUGCCAGAAGGUGGGGAGGUUCUUCUCGAUAUCAACAAUUUGCAUCCUACAUUUGACCUUGGUGCAGCAGGACUACGUCAGUCUCAGAUUAUCUUUACUCUCAUGAAUGAUCCCUGGUAUGGCAUAGUCGAUAUGAACAUCAACACAAGACGCACUCAAAAGUUCACUCUUCUAGAUGUUAUCAAUCAAAAAAUCAAGUACAUGCAUGAUGGCAACGAAAGGCACCAGGACCAGAUCCAGCUUGAGGUGAUUGCCCAUGGCAAUGAAGAUGUUCCAGAGUGCUUGAAAACUCCUCAUGAGUACAUCCUCCCUGUUGAAAUUCUCCCUGUUAAUGAUAUCCCACAACUCAGUGGAGGAGAAAUCACCGUCACAGAAAAUGGCAGAACCCGUCUGAGUCCCAGUCUCAUCAAAAUAAUGGACUCUGAUACCAGAUGUGAUGAACUAGUUGUAACAGUGACUUCAGAUACUUCUAUGGAGGUCGGUUACUUAGAGAAUAACCAGCAACCAGGAAGAAGCAUUUCCGAGUUCACUUGCAGAGAAUUGAAAGAUGGAAAUAUCUAUUUUGUACACAGAGGAAGGAAUCAUGCCGAACUUACCUUGAGAGUGUCAGAUGGACAGUCAGUAAGUCAUUCGACCAGCUUUGCAGUGUCUGUGGCGCAGCCCCAUAUGACGAUUGUCACCAACACCGGACUUCUUUUGCAGCAAGGAGGCAACGCCUCCAUUGGCAUCCAAAAUCUGGCUGUUCUCGCUCACCCUCGCAGUGGGGACAUUGUGUACAACAUCACACAGCCUUUGAUGUUUGGAGAGCUUCUGGUUAUGACAAGUGAUGGGAGGUACAGGCAAGCCUCAACGUUCCAUCAGUCUGAUUUGGAUCAGAAACGCCUCAUAUACUUCAGCACUGACUCAAGCGACCAGGAGGAUGUUGUGGUGGAGCGGAUUCAGUUCAACGCCCACCUGGGGCAGUUCUCCCUCUGGAACAACACCUUUUUGGUCAAGAUUAUUCCCGCUAAAGUGAGAGUUUCUAAUCUAGUGCCACUGGAAAUGGAGCCAGGUGAAGAGCAAACCAUCGGAUACACAGAGCUUCAGGCGGAAGUAAAAGAUAAAAACCCUGAUCCAGCAACUGUUAAGUAUAUCCUUGUCAAGCCUCCAACACUGGGUAGUCUUAUGUUGUCAGAACAAGAGUUGGGUGAGGGGGACAUGUUUACCCAGAGGGACAUUUUGGACAAUGCAGUUAGCUAUCGGGUCCUGGUACGUAGAGCUGUAGCUAGUGUUGAUGAGUUUCAGUUUAGGGUUUUUGCUGAGGAUCAAUAUUCUCCAAUGUACACCUUCCCCAUUCAGAUCCUUGCCAGUGCAGAUGCUCCAGUUCUGACCACUGAGAGGCUGAUUGUCUUGCAGGGGGGUGAGCAGACUCUGAACAAAAACUACCUUUGGAUGCAGUCCCCAACCUCCUCAGAUUUUGUGUAUCGCGUCACUCAAGGACCAAAGUAUGGACGACUGAUAAGGGACUCCCCACCUGGAAUGCCGAGAUUUGAGGGAGCAAUUAGAGUUUUUAGUAAUGAAGACCUCCAGCUUGAUAGGCUAAUUUACAAGCAUGAUGGCUCUAAGACAAGCAGUGAUGAGUUCCAGUUUGUCGCAAGCGAUCAAUCGGAGGAUGCAGACAAUCCAGAAAGCAUAAAUGGUGUUUUCAGAAUAGCGAUCCAUUCCAAGAAUGAGCACGCUCCCGUCAGGAUUGUGGAUGAAGUCUUCAAUGUGGUCCGCUACGGUCAACGGUUGCUAACCACAGAUGUCAUCCAGUUUAGGGACGAUGACUCGGGCUUCAAUGACACUCAAAUCGUCUACGCCCGUGAAGGGAUCCUCUCAGGAAAUAUUGUGUCAACAUCCAAUCCAUCCCUGCCCCUUUUCCGAUUUACACAAGCAGACUUGCGGGACAAGAAUGUCCUGUUCAUUCACCAUGGAGCUGAUCGGGAACGCUUCUCACUCCAGGUGUCUGAUGGUUACCAUAAAACCACCGCAUUGCUUCAGAUCCAGGCAGGCGAGGCCUACCUGCGAGUGGUGAACAACACAAUCAUCGUCAUUGAUCAUGGAAGCACCAAAACCCUCAACACAACACUGCUGAGCGCUGAAACCAACAUGGACAUCAGAGAUGACAGCGAGAUCACGUUCCAGAUUACGUCGCCACCCAGCGAUGGCAGGAUUAUCGUGAGUGGAAUUGAGGCUUCGGAAUUCACACAGGAGGACUUGAAAAAAGGAGUUGUGUCAUACGAGCACAAUUACGAGAGUUUGAGAUCCAAGGACUCCUUCAGCUUCACGGUGCAGGCGAGAGGGCACUCUGAGGAGGGCACGUUCAGGAUUAAAAUAUUCAAGCAAGGUUACUUCUCUGAGCCUGAGGUGAUAACCAAUGAGGUCAUCAUUUCUUAUGAAGGAGAGCACACGGUAAUCAACCAAGAUCAUCUCAAGGUGGAGCAGGCUGAUAUUCUGCCAACAGAGAUGGUGUUUACGAUUAAAGAACCUCCGCGUCUCGGACACGUGGUCAGGCUGACAAACAGCUCGGACGGCGCCGCCUCGCCCGUCCUCGACUACAUUCACUCCUUCACUCAGGAGGACAUUGAUCAGGGACACAUUCUCUACGUGUCUGCAUCCAUCCAGGGCAGAGACACUUUCCGAGUUGAUGUCAGUAACGGCUUCACCUCAGUGGAGGACCUGCGCGUCGCCGUGGACGUCGUCCCGCAGCUCAUCCCCCUCCAGACCUUCAACUUCACCGUGAAGGAGGGCCUGAGCAAAGUCAUCAACACGGCAGUCGUCAACAUCUCGCAUCCCUUCUACACCUCUGCCAACAUUGAGUUUGUUGUGGACGAGGCGCCGGAGCACGGGGAGAUCCGCUACGUGGAUGGAGACGAGCUGCCUUACUUCUCCUGGGAAGACAUAAAAUCUGGACACAUCUACUACAUGCACGACAGCACGGAGAGCACGGAGGACAGCUUCACGCUCUCCGCCUCGGCCUACGAGAUCGAGCGCCGCAGCGUCCCUGUCACCGUCUUCGUCACCGUCAUCCCGCUCAACGACGAGCCGCCCAGACUGACGCGCAACACGGGACUGGAGGUUCUGGCGGGCGAGGAGGCCGAUAUCACCUCCAGCAUGCUGAGCACCGAGGACGCCGACACCGCCCCCGACGAGCUGGUCUACCACGUGGAGAUGGAGACCAACGGCGUGGUGGCGCUGAAGGAGGCGCCCGAGGACGGCGUCCUCAACUUCACGCAGGCGCACAUCAACAACGGGGAGGUCAUCUUCAUCCACGAAGGUGAAGAGUCUGGCGGCUUCAGUUUCACUGUGACAGACGGCGAGCACACGUCUCCCCUCUACCGAUUCGUCGUCACGGCCCGGCCUCUCACCAUCACCAUGGUAACGCAGGAGGACCUCAUGGUCUUUCCAGGAACCAGGCAGCAGAUUACGAGUGCCAACCUGGGAGCCGUGACCAACGAGGACGGGAACGAGAUCAGCUACUCGCUCGUCCGCCCGCCUCGUCUGGGGAGGCUGAUCCUGGCCAACGACAGGAACCAGUACGAGGAGAUCAACCAGUUCUCACAGACUCAGCUGGAGGCAGGGGCCGUCUACUACGAGCAUCAGAUCCCCGAGGAGCCGUUCUGGGUGGUGAGGGACUCCGUGGAGCUCACGCUGUCGUCCCAGCCGGCUCCAGAUGUGCGCCACAUCCUGCCCAUCACCGUCUCUUACUACGCUGCUCACCGAAACAUCUCGUCCCAGCUGUGGAAGAACAAAGGCCUGGAUGUUGUGCAGGGCCAGAGGAAAACCAUUGACAUGUCCAUUCUGGAUGCCUCCAACCUUCUGGCGAGCCUGCCUGAAGAGAAGCGAGACGACGCGGAUGUGGUCUUUGAGAUAAAGCGAUUUCCGGAUCACGGUCGGAUCACCCUGGGUGGUCAGGAUCUGCCCCGCAAUGCCCCGUCCUUCAUGCAGGAAGAUGUAGCUCAAGGAAAACUGGAGUACCUUCACGACGACUCAGGCGCUUCCUUCGACAGCUUUUCUUUCAGGGCCCGUCUGAAGACGGACGGCCGCGGUGUGCCCUCGCCUGCCGAGUCCGUGGUUCUGGAGGAGAUCUUCAACAUCUCCAUCAAACGGCGGGGAUCUGACCCUCCUGAACUUGUCACGAUGGACUCGCUUCUGGAAGUUCUUCAAGGCUCCAUGACCACCUUGACCCAGAAACAUCUCAACACCCAAGACGAAGACAGUCCACCAGACGAGGUGCACUUCAGAGUGACCAAAGCGCCGCGCAAUGGUCAACUUGUGAACGUGCGCACCAUGGAUCCGCUCUCUGAGUUCACACAAGAGAUGGUAAAUCACGGGGAGGUGGGUUUCCACAGUGACGACAGUCUCACAGGUGGCUACGUUGAAUUCAUCUUGUCAGAUGGAGAACACCAAACAGAACCAUACACGCUGCACAUCGGCAUCCUGGCUCGCACGCUCGUUCUGGACAAAGCCCCUGAGAUCAAGGUGAAACAGGGCGACGAUGAGACCCUGCUCACAGAAGAGAUGCUAAAAGCCACCACAGGCGGCCCCGUUGAGGAGGACAUCCUUUACAAAAUCACAAGUGUUCCUAAGUAUGCAGCUGUCAUGGUGGACCGGCUGCCUACGUCUGCUUUCACCCAGAAACUGAUUCAAGAAGGCAGAGUCAGCGUCCGUUUUAUCAAGUCCACUUCGCCUCGAGACAGUGUAGCAUUUGAAGCUCGGAGUAAGGCUGCUAAUGUCUCCUCUGUUCUCAACAUCACCGUGCAGCCUCUGGCCAACAUUGCCCAGAACCCUCUUCUGCCUCAGGGCACGCUUGUCCAACUGGACAGGAAGCUCCUGGAUGCUACACCGCUGGCCAACAAGACCAGGACCUCCCCCAGCUUCUCCGUCAUCCAGCAGCCUCGAGGGGCUCGUUUUGUGAGGUCCGGCGGUCCCGAGGCAGGCCAGCCUGUGGACUCGUUCAGUCAGAAAGAACUGGAUGAGGGCCGCGUGGCAAUGGAAAUCCUUGACGGCUCCUCCGGAUCACGUGGCACUUCCACACACGAUGAGGCCCGCUUCCUGCUCAAAGCCAACGGGGUCCCUCCUGCAGAGUGUGUGCUUUCCUUCAAGACUGGCCCGUACAAUGCAUCUGGAGUUUACCCCGCAACUCUCUUGAGGCUUCCAUCAGACGUCCCCAAGGACAUUCCCAGUGUAGCCACUCCAGCCGGCCCUCACUGGGGGGGCCGGCCUUAUGGCGAUGGCACCACCGCAGCACCCUCUGACCCGGGCUCCCAUGGAAAAGCAGUUUCCCGGAACUCCAACUUCUGGUCCAUUCUCAUCCCCAUCCUGGUAGUCCUCCUCCUCCUCCUGCUGGCGGCCAUGUUGGCCUACUACCUGAUCCGAAAGAACAAGACGGGCAAGCACGACGUCCAGACGGCAGGGUCCAAGCCGCCCAAAAACGGAGAGGUGGCUGGCGCAGAAACCUUUCGCAAAACUGACCCGGCCAACAACAUCCCCAUGUCCAACGUGAACUCCAAAGACGCAGACCCGGAGUUGUUGCAGCACUGUCGGACAACGAACCCGGCGUUGAAAAAGAACCAGUACUGGGUCUGAAACACUUUGAGAUGGGACACAGAGGGAGGUUGAUCCUCUAGUGUUUGGAAGAAGAAGAAGAAGAAAAAAAAUCAUUCCUCUCAGUAUUAAAGACCUCUUGCCACAGCAGUUUAAAUGAUAGAAAUUUCUGGAUGCAAUUGUUUUACUUAUCUCAGCAUAACUGUGGACAGACUCUCAGGCAACGAAACACUGAAUACUGAUUGGCAAAGAAAGAGGCAGUUUCUUAUCUUAGGAGGUUUGUGCCAUGUCUAUUUAUUUUAGUUUCAUCAUUCCGUUGUCGAAGGGCACAAAUGAAGACAUAAACAUGCUUUAUGUUUGCAACAAAAGAGAAAGGUAUUUUGGGUGUGCUCUCUUAUUGUAUUCCAUAUGAUAUCAUAGGCCAAUAUUAUUCAUUUGAGUGGAUAAGUAAGUUGGAGUUAUGGUUCUUGUUUGUUUUGGUUUGGGGUUCAUCGGAAAAGUUGAUGAGUUUGUACUUAAGUGAAGUGAAGAUACGUCAUAUUAGCAAGAAGAUGACAAACUGCCUCUUUGUGUUUUCUAUUGAUUUUUCACUUUUUUAAAGGUACCAUCAUGUGUCGUUUCUCAGGGGUAAAUUCAGUUUAAAGGUGAACAUUCACAUUUAGAAAACAUUGACUUUCUUUCUGAGGGAUGGAUCAGGAUCGGUACUACUUUCAUAUCUGCUGAUGCAUCCACUUGAGGAACAUGGUUCACUGUCCAUUUCCAGAUGAAGGGUUUAUGUUGUUUUGAGCUUUUCAGCUAAACUAAGCUGAUGGUUUUCUGACUAAACAUUUAUGUUUGACCAACAGAAAUGUGAGAACCAUCAGCCUUUUUCAUGCAACACUUUACAAGAGAGCAAAUAAGCUAUUUUUCCUAUUAUUUUGAAAUCCU